AUGACCUGCCAACCGCAAUCCCUACUUUCAGCUAGAUCAAGGUUGAGUUUGACUCAACAACAUAUUUGUCCCAAUCGAUUAAUAUCGAGUUCUUCUUCCUUGAAGAUAGAAUCCCGUGAUCAAGGAACAAAGUUCACUGGUGAUUACAAGAAGUAUGCUGUCAGGGACAACCAAGUCAUGUCUUAUUUCCAUGACGUACCGCUUGAUUUGGAUUUAGAGUCCAAGACUGCAAACAUGAUUGUGGAAAUACCUCGUUGGACCAACGCCAAAUUCGAAAUCGAUACCAAAGCAGUUGGUAAUCCUAUUGUACAAGACACCAAAAAGGGACAAGUAAGAUUCGUUAAGAAUUUGUUUCCUCACCAUGGAUAUAUUCAUAAUUAUGGGGCUUUCCCACAAACUUGGGAAGACCCCAACACUGCCCAUGAAGAAUUAGGGGAUAUCUUUGGAGACAACGAUCCUUUGGAUGUUUGUGAGAUUGGGUCUAAUAUCAUUCAAACCGGAGAAGUGAAAAAAGUUAAAAUAUUGGGUUCUAUAGCCUUGAUUGAUGAUGGGGAGCUUGAUUGGAAGGUAAUUGUCGUUGACGUUCAUGACCCUCUCAGUAAUGAAGUAUUGGAUAUCCAUGACGUUUUUGUCAAAUGCCCUGGUUUGUUGGAGACCACUAGACAAUGGUUCAGAGACUAUAAGAAACCUGACGGUAAACCAGCCAAUAAAUUUGCAUUCAACGGAGCCUAUAAAAACCAAGAGGAAACUUUGGCUAUCAUACAGGAGUGUAACCGGGUCUGGGGUAAACUCAUAAGCGGUGAAGUCAAAGGAGAUGGCUUACCUGUGAUUGAAAAUUCAACCAUUUCCCAACUGCCAGGUUUUCUAGAUUCUGGUUUCAAUACUGCCAAACUCUUGAACAACCCUGUUCAACCAGACGCACCAAUUCCUAGUGAGAUCCACAAGCCUUAUUUCUGUACUACUGAUUGA